GAAGUCCGGGGAGGCAGGUGGGGCCAGGGGAAAGUCCUGGCCCUGAACAUUGCUAUAGCCUGAGAACCAGGGGCCCUAGAACUGUGUGUGUUCCUGGAAGCAGAGGUGCACAGAACGUGUAGAUUUGAGUAGCACCCUGUCAUUGAAUCAAUGUGGUCAUAUUCUAAGUUUCCCCAAAUUCAUUUCAAUUUUACACCCACCACUGAGUAACUGACUCCGGGGUCGUCCUUGUGUAGUACAGUCUGAGGGACCUUCUCUCCAUCGAGGUAUCUGACAACAGAACCAAGAGCUCCUGGCACUCCAGCCGGGGUUCCUGAUGGGAUGGCUUGAAUCUCUGCCUAGGAACCAGAGUCAAAGUCUGAGGCAUAGAGUCCAGUCCCUUUGAUCUGGAGAGACAAGCCGCCAAGUCUCCUCCAAGAAGCCGAGCUCAUAGUCCUGCUAAUUCUCAGCUCUGAAGUGCUGGAGACUGAAGGCUCACCUCUAAACCACACUAUUGCCCAGCAGCGAGGACGGAUUACUGGGAAUGUCCCAGGACUGCUUGCACUGAUAAGAAACAGAACUGAGGCGACAGCAAAUCCCACUCAGCUUUGUCACACGUGCCUGUGCAGAACAAAUGAAAUGCUGGAAGAUCAUUAGUAGCAUUGAUUGGGACAAAAGCAUCAAAUAUAUUUGGAUCUAGUGCAGACCCCGGCAGCAUCCAUUAGCCGCCUUGACUGCUCCUGCGCAUGCUCCCCUCCUGCAGAGACGAUGCGGCUGCUUUGGUUUCCAGUGCUCCUGGGAUGUGUCACCGCAGGCCAAUACAUUCCUUCUCUGACUGGUGAAAAAACAACGGUUCACUCACGAGCUGGAGAGAAUGUCACCCUCAACUGCAAAGUCAAGCUACUGCCAGAGCUGCAGAUGCAGAACCUCCGGAUCCACUGGCACGUCUUCCGAGAUGGGGAGGGCUCUGUGGUGCACAGCUACUACGCUGGGGCCGACAGGCUGCAGGACCAGGCUGGGGAGUUCCAGGGUCGGACCCAUUUCUCUCUGAGAACGCUCAGCCAGGGGCGGGUUUCCCUGGGCCUCACCAAUGUGCAGCCAGCGGACAGCGGGGAGUACCGGUGCAUCGUCGUUGACACUCACUAUGUACUCAUGGGCGACGUCAUUCUCCAAGUAUCAGUGCCGUAUGAAACCCCACAGCUCAGCGUUCUUUACCGGGAUGGCAAUGAGGUUCGCUGGCAGUGCGAGGCCAGAGGCGGUUAUCCUGAGCCCGAAGUGACGUGGCACGAUGGGAAUGGAAAGCGGCUGACGCAGUCGGAGCGAACGGAAUUCCUGAGAACCAGGGAGGGAGUCUUUAUUGUGCAGAGAAACCUGACAACAAGUGUCCAUGGCGAGCGCUCCGUUUGCUGUUCUGUUCUCCACAAACUCUUACGCCAGAACACCAGCGUCUGUCACAAGCUUCCAGCUUCAGAGGCUGAGAGCUCUGAUCGCAGCCACAUUGGGGUCUAUGUCGCAGGAGCUGUGGGAAUAGCUGUGAUCCUGGGGGCUGCCCUCUGUAUUUACAAGAGGAGAGAACAAACACCUGGCAAAGGUAGCAGGAGCAUUACCGAGGGAUUUCUCCAAGGGGAGGCGAGACCAUGCACUCUUUGCGGCCACCCGCCCAGCGUGAUGGAGAUCCCCAUGCCGGCCCCCGUCUGCCUGAUCGAGAACAGCCCGGCGGGGGAGCUGCGGGUGCAGCAGGAGGCACUGCGGGUACUGGCGGAGAUCCCCCAGCCUGUGGUGGUGGUGGCCAUCGCCGGGCUGUACCGCACCGGCAAGUCUUACCUCUUGAACAAACUGGCCGGCAAGAGAACAGGGUUCUCGCUGGGCUCCCCAACCCAGUCGCACACCAAGGGCAUCUGGAUGUGGUGCCUGCCCCACCCACACAGGGCCGGCCACACCCUGGUGCUGCUGGACACCGAGGGGCUGGGUGACGUGCAGAAGGGCGACGCGAAGAACGACACGUGGAUCUUCGCACUGGCCGUGCUGCUCAGCAGCACCCUGGUCUAUAACAGCCGGGGCACCAUCGACCAGCAGGCCAUGGACCAGCUGCACUACGUGACAGAACUGAUGGAGCAUGUCAAGGUGAAGGCGACGGGUCGGGGCGGCCGGCAGGAGGGGGAAGAUUCGGCCGAGUUCGUGCGGUUCUUCCCGACCUUCGUGUGGGCCCUGCGAGAUUUCACACUACAGCUGGAGCUGGAUGGGCGGGAGAUCACCGAGGACGAGUACCUGGAGAACAGUCUGAAACUAAAGACAGGCAGCAGCCAGCAAACCCAGCUCUACAACCUGCCCCGUGAGUGCAUCCGCCAGUUCUUCCCGGCCCGGAAAUGCUUCGUCUUCGUCCCGCCAGCUGGCAGGAGGGACCUGGCCCGGCUGGAGGAGCUGCAGGAGGACGAGCUGGAGCCCGAGUUCCGGGAGCAGGUGGCCCGGUUCUGCCACCAUGUCUGGGAGACGUCGAAGCCCAAGGCCAUCCCGGGUGGCCAUGUGAUGACUGGGGCCAUGCUGGGGAACCUGGCGGUGACCUACGUGGACACCAUCCGCAGCGGGGCGGUUCCCUGCGUGGAGAGCGCGGUGCUGGCCCUGGCGCAGAUCGAGAACUCGGCGGCGGUGGUGGAGGCCGUGGCUGUCUACGAGGAGCAGCUCAGGCGGCAGGCGGCACUGCCCACGGAGACCGUGAAGGAGCUGCUGGAGCUGCACGCCCAGUGCGAGCGGGAGGCGCUGCGGGCGUUCAUGGCGCGUGCCUUCAAGGACGACGACUGCCGCUUCCAAGGGGAGCUCAUGCGCCGCCUGGAGGAGCAGAAGCAGGAGCUCUGCCGCCGGAACGAACUGGCAUCUUCGGACCGCUGCACGGCUGCCCUGCAGGAGCUGUGGGACGAGCUGGAUAACCGGAUCGGCCAGGGGGUCUAUUCAGUGCCUGGGAGCUACCAGUGCUUCCUGGACGACCGGCAGCGGAUGGUGGAGAGAUACUGGCAGGUGCCAGGGAAGGGGGUAAAGGCCGACGAGGUGCUGCAGAAGUUCCUCAAGUCCAAGGAGGUCGCGGCCCAGUCCAUCCUGCAGAUGGACGUGGUCCUGACGGAGAAGGAGAAGGAGAUGGCAGCCCAGCGAGCCCGGGCCGAGGCGGCCGAGCGGGAGCGGCAGGUCCUGCAGCAGAAGGAGGCUGAGCUGCAGCAGAAGCGGGAGGACCAGGAAUGCAGCUACCAGGAGCACGUGCGGCAGCUGAAGGAGAAGCUGGACGGCGAGAGGAAGAAGCUGCUGGAGGAGCAGCACAAGAUGGUGGAUCAGAAACUCAAGGAGCUGAAGGACCUGAGGAGGGAGGGGCUCCGGGAGAAGGCUGGACACAUGGAGAACGAGAUCUCGUGCCUGCAGCAGCAGAUCAAGGAGAUCCGGAACCGGUCAUGGAUUGAACCGGCCCUGGCGAAGCUGAUCGAGGUGGCCCUCCCCCCUGCUAGCCGGCUUCAUCAGCAAGGCCACCGAGGUCGUCACCAACUUUGUCCGGAACCUGUUCCGAUGGGGUCCCUGGCCUCCCGCUCGCCUCUCUACCCCAGUGCCCUGUUCACCCGCGGAACCCCCCGUAACGAUGCUGGUUCUGGCGGGACCCAACGGAGAGUGCCGAUUCAGGACAAAUUGCUCAGAGCAGGGCAGUUACAGCCCAAGGCUGGGGUUUUUCCACCUCUAAGGCAAACCAAACCAGCCAGCCAGAGAAAACUUGGGCAGAGGGAUAGCUCGGUGGUUUGA